GCGAGGGAGAGGCGAGCGGUCAGACCGCAGGCACCAGCCCCAGGGCCCUCGCCGCUCCUGCCUCCGCUCGCUGCGUGCCCGCGGCAGCCCCGUUCUCCAGCCGCGGCCAAGGGCGCCGGCGAGAUGGUUUGCGGCGGCUUCACCUGCUCCAAGAACUGCCUGUGCGCCCUCAACCUGCUCUACACGCUGGUCAGCCUGCUGCUGAUUGGAAUUGCAGCAUGGGGUAUAGGCUUUGGCCUCAUUUCUAGUUUCCGAGUAGUUGGCGUGGUAAUUGCAGUGGGGAUCUUUCUGUUCCUUAUUGCUUUGGUUGGAUUGAUCGGUGCAGUCAAACACCAUCAGGUGUUACUCUUCUUUUACAUGAUUAUUCUCUUGCUAGUGUUCAUUGUCCAGUUUUCAGUCUCCUGUGCUUGUUUGGCAUUGAACAAAGAUCAGCAGCGCCAACUUCUAGAGGUUGGAUGGAACAACACAAAGAGUGCUAGAGAAGAUAUUGAGAGGAAUCUAAACUGUUGUGGUUUCAGAAACUUCAAUUCAAGUGAAACCUGCUCUGCUGCUUGUGUUAAAGAUAACGACUGUUCAACAUGUGCAUCUAUAAUAGAAGAAUAUUCAGGAAUGGUACUGAGAUUUGUAGGUGGCAUAGGACUCUUCUUCAGUUUCACUGAGAUUUUGGGAGUUUGGCUGACUUAUAGAUACAGGAACCAAAAAGAUUCUCGUGCAAACCCUAGUGCAUUUCUUUGAUUGGAAAAUUUCUCAAGGACUGAAUCUUUUUCCAGUUAAAAUAUGAAUUCUCUAGCAAUUGGCACUUCUGCACGCUAAGGAUCUGAAAGAAAAUGAUUUUCCUACAUGGAGAUGUUUGUGCUUGUCAUCUUUGGUUUCCCAUCUUCACUUCUGCGUUCUCUAUCUGGAAAUAGAUAUAUCUAUUCUGUAGCUGAACAGAAUCUGAACAGUUCGGAGAUGGUUAAAUAACUGUUAGAUCACAACAAUUGCUGAAGCAUACUGUUGCAAGUUAGUUUUAUUGCCUUUCUUAGGUUU